AUGACGCACGCAGUGCACGAACAGAAGCACACCACCAUCUUCCGAUUUCUUCCUUGUGAUGUGUUUGGUUCUCUCUGCGUUCAGUUUGUUGCGAACGCCCGUGCCGUUAAGGACAGCUUGGCGCUGCUCCUCGACCAAGAUGCCGCCACCGUCGCCGCACAGGUGGGCGUUAUUCGCUGACGGAGAGGCCUGCACGACAGAGGAGCCGCUCACUGUGUCCUUGGUUGAUGCAGGCGUCGUCGCCCGAGGCAUGGCUGGUGAAUCAUCAGCUGGGAUCGAUAGCCCCACUGCUGAGCACCCUCACGACCCGGCUCCAGCAGGGAGGGCCCAGCCUCGCCAGCGCUGUAGCUGUAGAUGCACCCAACUCGACCACCGAGGCCGCUGCUGCAUCGGGAGCGGCACACACAAAGCCACAGGUGGGGUGAGGUGGGGUGAGGUGGGUGGCCGUCCAUCGGCAGCUGACCAUGGAUCCGCCCUCUGCGUUGUUGUGGCUGUCGUGUUGUCUUAUUGCACUGCAGGCGGCUGUGGCCAGUGGUCCAUCGUAUCGUUUGAUCCAUCGAAGCGGCAACCCUCCACCCGUCAACCAGGGACACCAAGGACCGGUAAGGGCCACGCAUUAGAAUGAGUAUGAUUCAAUCAGCCCAUGGAGUGUUGUUGUCCUCUUGCUCUUGCUUCAGGCUCGUCGUCGUCUGUCGCGCGACGAGUUGGCCAACGUGUUCGGCCACCUGCAGCCCUGGGAGCUGACGCGCCACCGCCGGCGUCUCGGCACGUCACUCUUCCAUCAGUCGGCUGCCAACUACACCCACCUGGUCAUCGACUGUGAGGACGACACGGCGCGGCGCAUGUGGGAAGCCAUGACACUGGCCGUGGCACUCAGAUGGGGGCAGAGAGCGAGCAACGUCCGAGAGAUCAAGCACCGCCACCCGUAGUGGCGAGACGGAUGGUGUUGCGGCACCUGGGUGGCAUUAGUGGAGGGACAUGGGAGUGGCCGGGCGGCCAUCGCAGACGAGAAGAGACGGGAGAGAGAGGGCGGGGAGGGGACAGCGGACGCUGCGGCGGUGGCGCAGGAUGAUGACGACCCCAGAUCGGCUGACGAGGGCACAUUGGAGGUGCUGUCACUCGAGGAGGUCGACCUCGACGAUAGCAUUGUAAUCCCCUACCCUCCCCCCUCACGAGCUCUGUCCCCCGCCCCCGCCGCCCCCAUUCACCUGCCGGCACUCAAGACGGUCCGCAACAUAGCCCACGAUUGCCUGCUGGCGCGUGUGGGCCGUCAGUGGCGCACCCCUGCCGUCAAGGCGCUCAUCACCAGGGACAAUUGGGCGGCUAGUGGUCUAAGGGCAUGGCUGGCCGAGGCCAUUGAAGUGCUGGACCUCAACGGACGGGACGCCUAUAUUAGCGCGGCCGAUGAGGAACUGGACCUCAACGGACGGAGGGCAGGCCUGACGGCCGAUGCGCUGAGUGGGCUGCCCGCCGACGGGAAGUCACUCGCGGCGCUUCGCACACUGUGAGGCGUCCGGAUAUAUUGGAGCAGCCCCGCGGACAUCGACGAGCUGCGUGAGGUGAUGGUGGCGAGGGGCGUCAGCCGGUCCAUUCGCGAGCUCGAGAUCGACAUGGGGUGGAUGCGGAGCACUACCUUCACUGUGGAGCUGUGCCAGAGCGUCGCACGGCUCAUGUAAGGACACAACAGAGAGAGGGACACAGAGAGAGAGGCGGGGAAAUGCAGACAGCUCAAUUCAUUCCUGUGCUUUGCCUUCGAUCAGUGACGCCAUCGCCCACCCCGAGGCAGUGGAGAAGGGCGUCUUCGAGCUCAGCAACGACGGCACGUGUGGAGAGAUUCACGCGGAGCUCCUCUCGCGCAGCAGCACCGGCCCCGCCGCCGCCCAGAAGCUCAUUCGCGACUUCGCCAAAAGAGCCGGCACCGUGGCAUACAGCGGUCUUGACGAGGCCGUCCCUGCGGCCAUCAGUGACGACACAUUCCCCGCCGCCCACACCCUGAAGCUAAUGGGUGAUGAUGCCCUCGCCAAUGGGGCCAACAAGAAGCGGGCCCUCGAGAUCGCCUCCAACAUGCCCAGCCUGUCGUGCGUCAAGGCAGGAGAUGAGGAGCACGAAGUGGAGCUGGAUGCACCUGCUGGUGAGGUGUGGCGGUUCCUCGAGCGGCUGCAGGCGGCGCUGGUCAGCAGGGGCAAGGAGAGGAACCUUUCAGUCCAGUGGUAUCUGGGGACGGGUGCAUUCGUGCCACUGGAGCCCGUGCACAACAAGAGCAGCCCCUGUCUGUGGGAUCGGGGCAUCGGCCAGUUGCCGCCGAUCGAUGAAGUGAGGAUCUCCGUUCAUGGUAAGGGACAUGAGACUGCAUGGUGGUUGUGUCCAUUCACCAUGCAUUUCAGGCGGUGUAGCCGAUGACGCGCUGGACGAACUCUACAACAGCGUGAUGGCCAUGGUCUCCUCCUUCAACCACAAGCUCAAGGUGCGUCACACAGCACAGACAAACAGCACACCGACAGACAGCACACCGACAGACAGACCACAGACAGUCGCUGGGCAAUGUGUGUAAGCCUCUUGUCGUGCUGGCUGAUCGACAGGGCCACGAGAGGACUGA